AUGGACGCCCCCAGCGAUAGCGCCUCGAAGCCAAAAUCGAAGGUCGGCGCCUCGGAUUUGUUACAUCGUGUGAUUGCAGGCUCCAGGAAGAGGAGAGGCCCUAGGGAAGAGUCUACCAAGUUGCAAGAUGAAGAUCGUCGCGAUGAAGCAGGACUCCAAGAUCACGGCUCCGGCGAGGAGGAACAAGGCGCCGGUUUAAAGGGAGGCCCUAAGGAAACGUCUUCCCAAAUCCAAGGUGAAGAUCGCGAUAAAGCAGGACUUCAAGAUCGCGGCGCUUUCGAGGAGGAACAAGGCGCUGGUUUAAAGGGAGGCCCUAAGGAAACGUCUUCCCAAAUCCAAGGUGAAGAUCGCGAUAAAGCAGGACUUCAAGAUCGCGGCGCUUUCGAGGAGGAACAAGGCGCUGGUUUAAAGGGAGGCCCUAAGGAAACGUCUUCCCAAAUCCAUGGUGAAGAUCGCGAUAAAGCAGGACUUCAAGAUCGCGGCGCUUUCGAGGAGGAACAAGGCGCUGGUUUAAAGAGAGGCCCUAGGGAAGAGUCUACCAACUUGCAAGAUGAAGAUCAUCGCGAUGAAGCAGGACUUCAAGAUCACGGCUCCGGCGAGGAGGAACAAGGCGCCGGUUUAAAGGCUGAGCACCGAAGUGAAGGACGCGGGGAUCAAGCGGCCAGUGACUAAGUGCUGUUGAAGAAAUUGGUGAUAUGGAAGAGAACAUUUUUUAUUAAUUUUUGCUGUAUACAGAUUUAGUU